GCAACCUUAACCACAACAUCAAAUUAAUCACCAAAGAUCUCAAGCUUCUUCCUUAGCCAUACCCUAAAAUUCCCGAUUAAUAAUCUUCGAGAUCGUUCUUGUAAAAUGGAGGCGGUGACGAAAUUCGUGUCGGAGAAACCUGUGGUGAUAUUCAGCAAGAGCUCGUGUUGCAUGUCGCACACGAUCAAGACACUGUUCCACGACUUUGGUGUGAACGCAACGGUUCACGAGCUCGAUGAAAUGGCGAGAGGGCGAGAAGUGGAGCAAGCCUUGGCCAUUCUCGGCUGCAGUCCCACCGUGCCGGCCGUCUUCAUCGGCGGUCAGCUCGUGGGCGGAGCCAAUCAAGUCAUGAGCCUUCACCUUAGCCGCUCUCUCAUCCCUAUGCUCAAGAACGCCGGUGCAUUGUGGGUUUAAUAUUUAACUAAAGCUAACAUUCACUAUAAGUAUAAUAUAUGCAUGUGUAUAUA